AUGGCUUCCCGCAUCAGUCUCGGAGAUCAGCUUCCAACUCCGACCAUGUUAAUUGGAUUAACUACGGUAAACCCAUGGUCGACUGAUACCUCAGACCCUCCGAGUCCCAACUCGAAUGGCGAUUACCUGCCAUGGAAUCACGAUACAUCGCUUGGAAAUAGCAUGGGCUGUGCAACACUGCGCGAGGAUCAUAUCAAUGUGACUUCCGAGAAGCUCCCGGAUAUUCGUCUACAGCCUAUCUAUGUUCAAUCACAAGAACCAGCGUGA